GCCACGGCCGUCGCCAUGUUGUGGCUCCCGCAGCCGGCGCUGGGGACGCGCGCGGCCGAGACCCGGGCCUGCAGUCGCCGCCGCCGCCGCCAGGUGGUGUUUGGACUCUAGACCAUGUGCCUAGGUAGAAGUUUUUCCUUUCUCCGCAGCUCUGCUCCCCUAGCAACGCUCGCCACACCCUUGUUUUGAGAUCCUCUCUAAGCCCUUUCCAGCGUCCAGCCAUGGGGGAUAUGAAAACCCCAGAUUUUGAUGACCUUCUGGCUGCCUUUGACAUCCCAGACCCCACCAGCCUUGAUGCCAAGGAGGCCAUCCAGACACCGAGUGAGGAGAAUGAGAGUCCCCUCAAGCCCCCAGGCAUUUGUAUGGAUGAAAGCGUGUCCUUGUCUCACUCAGGAUCUGCCCCUGAUGUGCCGGCCGUGAGUGUCAUUGUCAAGAACACCAGCCGCCAGGAGUCGUUUGAAGCGGAGAAAGACCACAUUACUCCCAGCCUCCUACACAAUGGAUUCCGGGGUUCAGAUCUGCCUCCAGAUCCCCACAACUGUGGGAAAUUUGAUUCUACUUUUAUGAAUGGAGACAGUGCCAGGAGUUUCCCUGGCAAACUGGAGCCUCCCAAGUCAGAGCCAUUACCCACCUUCAAUCAGUUCAGUCCAAUCUCCAGCCCAGAGCCUGAAGAUUCCAUCAAAGAUAACGGAUUUGGGAUAAAGCCCAAACACUCUGACAGUUAUUUCUCAUCCCCUCUUGGGUGCGGGGCUGUGGGGGGCCCAGUCCUGGAGGCUCUGGCUAAGUUUCCAGUCCCAGAGCUGCAUAUGUUUGAUCAUUUUUGUAAGAAAGAACCCAAGCCAGAACCCCUUCCCUUGGAGAGCCAGCAGGAACACGAGCGAGGUGGGCAGAAGGCAGUGGAACCUCACAAAGAUCUGGAUACCACUCGAUUCUUUGGGGAAGCUUUGGAGUUCAACAGCAAUCCUAGCAACAGUAUUGGAGAGUCCAAGGGGCUUGCCCGGGAGCUUGGUACCUGUUCAUCAGUCCCCCCUAGGCAGCGUCUAAAGCCAGCUCAUUCCAAGCUGUCCUCUUGUGUGGCAGCUUUGGUGGCCUUGCAGGCCAAAAGAGUGGCUAGUGUCACUAAGGAGGAUCAGCCUGGCCACACAAAGGAUCCCUCAGGGCCCACUAGAGAGGGUUCUAAAGGUAGCCCCAAAAUGCCUAAGUCACCAAAGAGUCCCCGGAGCCCUCUGGAGGCCACUAGAAAAAGUAUCAAGCCAUCCGACAGCCCUCGUAGCAUCUGUAGUGAUAGCAGCAGCAAAGGCUCACCGUCUGUGGCUGCCAGCUCUCCACCAGCAAUUCCCAAAGUGAGAAUCAAAACCAUUAAGACAUCAUCAGGGGAAAUCAAACGGACUGUCACAAGGAUCCUGCCAGAUCCUGAUGAUCCAAGUAAGUCCCCUGUUGGGUCACCUCUAGGGAGCGCCAUUGCUGAAGCCCCAAGUGAGGUGCCAGGGGAUGAGGUGCCUGUGGAAGAGCGCUUUCCUGAGGCAGGCACAAAUUCAGGGAGCCCCCAGGGGGACAGGAAAGGGGACGAGAGCAUGUCAAAGACCAGUGACUCUUCAUCUCUCUGCUGUAGUUCUGGGCCCCGGGUCCCAAAGGGGGCUGCCCUGGGCUCACAGACAGGCAAGAAGCAACAGAAUACAGCACUGCAGGCCUCCACCCUGGCCCCUGCCAACCUCCUGCCCAAAGCCGUGCACUUGGCCAACCUGAACCUCGUCCCCCACAGUGUUGCUGCAUCAGUGACAGCCAAGUCCUCAGCGCAAAGACGGAGUCAGCCACAGCUUACGCAAAUGUCGGUGCCCCUGGUCCACCAGGUGAAAAAGGCUGCCCCACUGAUUGUAGAGGUCUUCAACAAGGUCCUCCACAGCUCCAACCCCGUGCCCCUCUAUGCGCCAAAUCUCAGCCCGCCUGCGGACAGCAGGAUCCACGUGCCGGCCAGUGGGUACUGCUGCCUGGAGUGUGGAGACGCAUUUGCCUUAGAGAAGAGCCUGAGCCAGCACUAUGGCCGGCGGAGCGUCCACAUUGAGGUACUGUGCACACUGUGCUCCAAGACGCUGCUCUUCUUCAACAAGUGCAGCCUGCUACGGCACGCCCGUGACCACAAGAGCAAGGGGCUCGUCAUGCAGUGUUCCCAGCUGCUGGUGAAGCCCAUCUCUGCGGACCAAAUGUUCGUGUCGGCCCCUGUGAACUCCACGGCACCAGCAGCCCCAGCAGCCCCAGCCCCUUCAUCCUCUCCCAAACAUGGCCUCACUUCAGGCAGUGCCAGCCCCCCUCCUCCAGCCUUGCCGCUCUACCCAGACCCCGUGAGGCUCAUCCGGUACUCAGUCAAGUGUCUUGAAUGUCACAAGCAGAUGCGGGACUAUAUGGUCCUGGCUGCACAUUUCCAGAGGACAACAGAGGAGACAGAGGGGCUGACCUGCCAGGUAUGCCAGAUGCUGCUGCCCAACCAGUGCAGUUUCUGUGCCCACCAGCGGAUUCAUGCACACAAGUCCCCCUACUGCUGCCCGGAGUGUGGGGUCCUCUGCCGCUCUGCCUACUUCCAGACACAUGUAAAGGAGAAUUGCCUGCACUAUGCCCGCAAGGUGGGCUACAGGUGCAUCCACUGUGGUGUCGUCCACCUGACCUUGGCCUUGCUGAAAAGCCACAUCCAGGAGCGACACUGCCAGGUUUUCCACAAAUGUGCAUUCUGCCCCAUGGCCUUCAAGACUGCCAGCAGUACCGCGGACCACAGUGCCACCCAGCACCCCACGCAGCCCCACAGACCCUCCCAGCUCAUUUAUAAGUGCUCCUGUGAAAUGGUCUUCAACAAGAAGAGGCACAUUCAGCAGCAUUUUUACCAGAAUGUCAGCAAGACGCAGGUGGGCGUCUUCAAGUGUCCUGAGUGCCCACUCUUGUUUGUGCAGAAGCCGGAGUUGAUGCAACAUGUCAAGAGCACCCACGGUGUUCCCCGAAAUGUGGACGAGCUGUCAAGCCUCCAGUCUUCAGCGGACUCAUCCUCAAGCCGCCCUGGCUCUCGAGUUUCCACUGAGCCCCCAGCCACUAGUGUGGCUGCUCGGAGCAGCUCCCAGCCUUCUGGCCGCUGGGGUAGGCCUGAAGCCCAUCGCAGGGUGGAAGCCAGGCCGCGGCUGAGGAACACUGGCUGGACCUGUCGGGAGUGCCAGGAGUGGGUUCCAGAUCGGGAGAGCUAUGUGUCCCACAUGAAAAAGAGCCAUGGUCGGACAUUGAAGCGGUACCCGUGCCGGCAGUGUGAACAGUCCUUCCACACCCCCAACAGCCUGCGCAAACAUAUCCGCAACAACCACGACACAGUAAAGAAGGUCUACACCUGCGGGUACUGCACAGAGGACAGCCCCAGCUUUCCUCGGCCCUCCCUCCUGGAGAGCCACAUCAGCCUUAUGCAUGGCAUCAGAAACCCUGAUUUGAGCCAGACAUCCAAAGUCAAACCUCCGGGUGGACAUUCCCCUCAGGUGAACCAUCUGAAAAGACCAGUCAGUGGAGUGGGGGACGCUCCAGGCACCAGCAAUGGCGCAACUGUCUCUUCCACCAAAAGGCACAAGUCCCUUUUUCAGUGUGCAAAAUGUAGUUUUGCCACAGACUCAGGGCUCGAGUUUCAGAGCCACAUACCUCAGCACCAGGCGGACAGCUCCACAGCCCAGUGUCUCCUCUGUGGUCUGUGCUACACCUCUGCCAGCUCCCUCAGCCGCCACCUCUUCAUUGUCCACAAGGUGAGAGACCAGGAGGAGGAGGAAGAGGAGGAAGAAGAGGAGGCAUCGGCGGCAGUGGAGAUGGCAGUGGAGGCGGCAGAGCCAGAGGAGGGCUCCGGGGAGGAGGUGCCCAUGGAGACUAGAGAGAAUGGACUGGAAGAAUGUGUUGGCGAGCCUUUGUCAACUGACCCAGAGGCAAGGAGAUCGCUGGGCCUGGCCCCUGAGGAGGAGGGUGGCCAAGAUGAUCACAGUCAACCACAGGCCUCUCAGGACCAGGACAGCCACGCACUGUCCCCUCAGGUGUGACCGGAGGCUUUGCAGUGUGCACGGUCAGGGGUGGUGCCGAAGUGUCUUCCACCUGCUGUGCGGACCUUGGGAAAUAAAAGGCUCUGCCCUCGGUGCGGGUGUGAGUGUGGCCGGUUGUACCCUGGAGUAGUGUCUGCCCUGAGCUGCCAGUGCUGGGUAUCCCCCAGCCCCAGGAAAUGUGGGGUCAGCCAGGACCCUCACAGCUCUGAAUUUGCUUCUGUUAUUUAUGGCUUUGUGCUGCUUCUUGGUACCCCAUCUCUUGUCUGUGUCCUUCCAACCCCAGGCUGCUUAUGUGGCCCAACCCCAAUGCUGUCCGCUAUGCUUGAACCCUGCAGCAGCUGUGCUCUUCUGGGAGGUUCCUGCUUGCUGCCUUCAGCCAGGGCACUCCUCAGAGCUCUAUUUUCCUGCAGACACGAGCUCUCCUUCCUGCCUUUAGAGCCUGUGGAGGAGGGAAAUGAGGGCUGCUGACACAGUGCCUCUGGGAGAGCUCUGCCUAGCCUGGUUUGGUGAGGGCCCUUGUUCACCUUGCCUUUCCUCCCUGUCUUCUCUGAUUCUCUUCCCUCAAAAUAGUCCUGAGAACUAAUUGUCACACUGGCUCACCAUGUCUCUGUGAGUGGGGUGGGAGAAGCCUCUGCUGCACACCUCUGUUUGGAACCUGGGGAAAGCAGGAGGUAAGGCCAAGGCAGGCAGGAGCCAGGAGCCAGACCCCUUGAGAAGGCGCUGUGGGUGGGUCUUCGUUCUGCCUUUCCUGGCAGGUGGGGUUGGGGCACACAGACAUUGGAAUAUUUGUACUCCUGCUCUCGUGCCAUUUGAGAGGCUGCUGCUCCAGGCAGGCCAGCCCCUCCUCCUCUUGGCUACACUCAUGUUGCUCAAGACUAUAUUUCAAAUAAAAAAUCUUCUCACCAUGCAGGUAGGCUCUUGUAUUCCUCUCCAAGUGAGCCUGGCCCCACCCUGUCCCACCCAAGGGUCUUUCCCAGACUUCCCUGUUUGUUCCAUCUCUGAGGGAGGACAAGACUUCCUACUGUCUAAGGAAGGCCUUCUCUAGAUUCUGGAGCUUGUGGUUAGGAAACCAGGAGCCUUGGACUUAGUUCUCUAGAGACCUUCCGAAGGCGCAAGGGGAGGGCUCCAUAACAGUCAAGUCACCUCCCAGGUCUCCCCGGCCUAGUGGCACUGGCUUUAGGGCCUGUCGAAAUUUUCUGGGCACCUUCAUCUUUCCUUCAGAUGAUUUUCAACCUAAGAGAACCACUUACCGGGAAGAAGGGAAAAGCGGAUGGAGAAGAGGAAUUUUGUAAUUUUCUUACAGCAUUCAAGAGCUUUCUUACUUCUUACAGCAUUGCUGCUGCCACAGAGAACUCAGAUAUAGCAGAAUUGGGAUUAGACUUGGGAGACUGGCUGUCUUUUCACGGAUGGUGCAGUCGGGGCCCGCCCAAGCACGAGGAGCAGGGCUGUGUGGAGGUGUCCUCUGACUUCCAACCCAGGUGGCAUGGCGCUGGGCCCAGCAGGAUCUAGUGCAGUAAAAGGAAGAGGGUGCUGGCUGCGUUUGUAGAGGUCGUCUUUCAAGGAGGCAUUAGAUAUCAAUGAUAAAUUAUUAAGUCAGAUAAAUAUGCCUGACCUUUUCACAACUGAAAAAAAAAAUACGUUUUUGUCCCUCUAUCAAAUGCCACGUUUUUAGUGGAAAUGCUAAUGGCAGUGGGAAAGGUUGCCUGAGUUUCAGAGAGACUCACUGUCUGCACCCUUCUAAUGACUGUUCUUCCUGGCAAGGUUUCUACCUCCCCGCCUUCCACACUGGCAGGGGGCAAUCCAGGCCUAUUUCCAGCUACCUGGAAAGCCAGAGCUAGCCGUGCUGUAGCUGUUGUCCCAUCCCUAAUUCUAGUUGCAGGGAGCCAUCCUUGUACCCUGGGUUCAUUCACAGAAACGGGUUCUGGAGGAGGCUGAUAGAACGGUUUGAAAUGACUGGCCGAAUUUAUCUAUUAGAGGUCUUUGCCUGGGGCAUAAAGAAGGCUGCUCAAGGAUGAUAUAAUGAUAGCUGGUGAGCAGGCAGAGAUGGUGGAAUUGUAUGUAUACCUGACCCCAGAUAAUACAUCUCUUUCCUUGGAAGAGCGUGAGUUGGAAAAAUGCUGAGCCACUCCCUGGGAAACCUGGGUCCUGGCCUGGAUUCUGCCUUUAACCAGCUCUUAACAAAUCACUUCACCUCACUGUCUCCUCCCCUUCACAGUAGAGUUAGUAAUUCCCAUCCAACUGGCUUCACAGCCGUUUGUGAGCUCAUGAAUGUGAAAGUGUUUUCUAGUUUAUAAAACACUAUAUGUAUGUGGGGAAAUCUUUACUUGACCUUAGGGCAUGGAGGGUGGAGCACAUUUUGUCUGCUGUUUGGACUUGGAUGCUGAUUAUCAAUUAUGAAGUGGCCCAGGACACCUAGGCAUUAUUUAGUAAGAGUGAUGAUAAUAACAUUUUAAGCCCUGCUUGUGUGUCCAGCAUCUUGCUGAACAUUUUCUGGUGAUUCUUUCCUUUAAUCCUCACAAAGAUCUCACAGUUGUCCUCCAUUUUACAGAGAAGAGAACUGAGGCUCAGAGAGGUUAAACGAUGUGCAGUGGCUACCUGUAAUGAUGGUGCUGAGUCAAGCUGUCAACCCCUGUGCUCCUCAGUGACUAAGACUGCUUUGACAGGCUGCCAGCUUGUCAGUGGUUUGCAGCCUUCCAGACAUUUGCUCUCCUACUUCUGUAGUUGGGGUGCCCCUCCAAGUGCCAGGUUCUCUUUGGAGUCCAUCUGUGCCUUGUCACCCCAAGGAGGGCCUUGAGCAUCACACUGUGACAUUCCGAAACACAUGUGGUGUCUCUACAACCUUUCAUUCUCAUUGAGAUUUACCUUGCCAUUUGAACACCGUCAUUUUUUGAGAACUGUCUAGAAAAGGUUGCCUAACCCUCACAGGGAACACCUGGUUCCCUCAGAGUCCAGUAUCUUCUGGUCUUUUCUUUUUCAAGAUUUUUUUUUAAUGGUUGUGCUAUCAUUUGUCAUCAGAAAAUGCUUGCUGUAACAAGCAUUUAUCUUCACAUUAUACUGCAGUGAAGGCUCUACUGAUCAAAUUAAACAGAUAAGAUCCCUACCCUUGUAGAAACUACAAUUUAAUACACUCUAAGACUUGACAAAUUACUUAGUAUUUAUUUUCCAACUGCUUUAUCUCUGUAAAAUGAUAUGCUCAAUUACUAUAAGCUAAUGGUUGUAGAAAGAACUUUCCCCUUAACUUAUGUAAACAGUCUGGUUUUUAAAAAUUUAAUAAUUGUGGCCCAGUAACCUCAACACUUGCCUUCCCCAAGACUGACUGAGGAAGCUCUGCCCCGUUCACCACUGUAUAUUCAGCACCAGGCAAUUUCUUUUAUUUUCUGUUUGUUUGUUUUGAAAAAUUAAUACAUAUACAUGGUAAGACAUUCCACAGUACAAAAAAUACAAUUGUAUUCCACAAUACAAAGGGGUAUACAAUAAACAGUAAGCUUCCCCAUGGAGGUCAGCCUCUAGUCCCCUCUCCAGAGUUAAUCACUGUUAUCUAUAUGUUGUGUAUCCUUUCAGAGCAAUUCUAUGCAUUUACAAGUUUAUAAAUAUGUAUAUUUAUAUAUCUAUUUUUAAUACAAAUAGUAGAAUUCUAUACACAGUGUUCUGAAGCUUGCUUUCUUCACUUAUAUAGUAUUUUGGAGAUUAUUCCAAAUUCAUACAUUGGGUCAGAGUAAUUCUUUAAAAGUUCCUUGCAUAUAAUAGUGGUUCAAAAAGUAUAUGGAUGAAUGAAUGAAUGCCUGCAUGAAUGAAUGAAUCUGAUUCAACUGGUAGCUACAGCUGCUCUCGGGGGCUGAUCUAAUCAAGACAGCACCUUCUAGAUUCUAGAGUAUGUCCCCCUGACUAAGGUGUUCAGAAUACUAUUCACCUUCUCCAACAGAUGCCACAGGAACUGGGCACAGGAAGCCUUGGGCCCUUCGAGGAAAAAGUCGAGACCAGGACCCCAGGUCCCAAGUAAGGGUUUUUUUCGGGUUCCUACUUAAAAUGCGUUUUUCUUUAUUGGAAAAUGAUGUAACACUUUAGAGAAAAUUAAAAAGCACACAUAUUUAUAA